GUAUCAUUGUGUGUGUUCAUCCCCAUGUUCCACCUGGGUUAAGGGAUGUCACUAAUCCAAUAAUUGUGCAGCUUCCUGGGUUUCUGGAGACACUUUCCAGGAAAGUACACCUUCCUGCUAGUGUUUUCCCCACCUCCAUAGUCUUGCUCCAUAGACUUCCUUGCUGCAAUAUGACGCUUGUGGGUUAAUGCUCCCAGGUCACCUAGUUUCAUUCAGGUCUGUUCCUUACACUGAGUCGCACAUUACAGCAAGGCAGCCUUCCUGGGCGCAGGAGAGACAGAAAGGAAAAGAGGACAGGAAGGCUCAUGGAUUUAAUAUGGAAUACUUUUUCUACAGUGGAAAGAACACUCUUCAAAGAAACAUCUCUGCCAAAGGAGACUACAGAUUUAAUCAGCACAGCUGGUUACGAUGGCAUCAUCCAGCACCUCAAUGAUGGCAGGAAGAACUGCAAGGAGUUUGAAGACUUUUUGAAGGAAAGGGCUUCUAUAGAAGAAAGAUAUGGCAAGGACCUGAUUAAUUUAUCACGGAAAAAACCCUGCGGGCAGACAGAGCUGAACACCCUGAGAAGAGCUCUUGAGGUUUUCAAGCAACAGGUGGACAGCGUCGGGCAGAGCCACAUCCAGUUGGCCCAAACGUUGCGCGAAGAGGCGAGGAAGAUGGAGGACUUCCGGGAGAAGCAAAAGCUCCAUCGUAAAAAGAUCGAACUUAUAAUGGAUGCCAUUCACAAAAACCGGAAUCUGCAGUACAAGAAAACCCUGGACGCCAAGAGGCUGUAUGAGCAAAGGUGCCGGGACAAGGACGAGGCGGAGCAGGCUGUCCACCGGAGUGCAAACCUGGUCACGCAAAAGCAGCAGGAAAAGCUCUUCGUGAAAUUGGCUCAGACAAAGGCAGCCCUGGAAGAUUCGGACAGGGUGUAUCAGACGAACAUUGGUGCCCUGGAGAAGAUCAGGGAAGAAUGGAAGAAUGAGCAUGUCAAGGCGUGUGAGUUCUUUGAGAGCCAAGAGACCGAAAGGAUAAACUAUUUCCGGAAUGCUUUGUGGCUCCACGUCAACCAGCUCUCUCAGGAAUGUGUCAAGAACGACGAGAACUACGAGGAGAUACGCAAGAGCCUCGAACAGUGCAGCAUCGAGAAGGACAUCGAGUUUUUUGUGAACGCCCGCAAAACAGGCACCAUCCCACCAAAUCCAGUGGUCUACGAAAACUAUUACAACACACAGAAGAGUGCAGCGCCAGGGAGAAAUCAAGCCCCAGCCCCUGGGAGGAGGCCAAAGCUACCUGUUCCUUCCAGCGGGCCAUUAGACCCUGAAUACUCUACUGUGGAUGGAUACAGUUUAAUACAUCACCACUAGCCCAGAGAAUAUCUUGAAGCCGUUCUGCCCAGCUGUCCCUCCUUGAGGAAAGCAAGUGAGAAAAUAACAGUGUAUUAAAAGCUGCGGCUUUGCUCUCCACUCUCCCGUCCCCGAUGACUGUGUUUUCUACUGGACUGUUUAAAAGCAAGAUCUCCAGAGGAGAUUAUUUCAUUCACAAUGGAGGACGUGCGCCAGCGACGGGGGAAAAACUCUGGCUUUUCUCACAACAAAUCCUAAAGACUUUUCAUUUCAAGGAGGGGGAGUGGGGGGAUACCCUUAAGUGCUCAACAGUUGCUGCAGUGUCAUGUCUCGGCCAUUGGGUUUCGGUGUGUGACUCCUGAAUUCAGAUCCUCAUCUAAUAGUGAAAAUACAUAAGUGGAUGACCUUGGGCACAUUGCCUGCUAUCUACCUUACCUACCUCACAGGGUUGUUGUGACGGUAAAGUGAGAUAAUCCCAUUAUGUUGUCCUGAACUCUUUUCAGGAACUGGGGUGCUUAUGUGAAGGCAAGUUUUGCUGGGAGUGAAAAUGGCAGGGUGGGAUGGGGGAGAGGGAGAUGGCAUUAAUCUGAGUCUAGUGAGGUCCAGAACUGAAGGACUCUGAACGAUUCAAACAUUUAAAUGAUUCCAUCUUUCAAUGAUUCUAAGUCAAAAUCAGAUAAUGGCGCUAACAUCUGGAGUACUUCAUAUUCUCCACUGCUGCGUGAACUCUGGUGGUGCAGAAUGCAGCUUUCUGACAAUCCUUUCAUUUUAAAGAAAGGCAAAGGGUUGCUAGUCCUCAUGGUUUUUUGAGAGGUGGAAAACAUGUGGCUGCGGCUUGUUGAAGGAAGAGGCUUGCAAUCCAGAGAAAACCGCAGAGUGAGGCUUCUGUCCUCUCCCCAUGGCUUCCAAUCCCUUCUCCCGUGCCCAGUUUCAUUCCUUACGUUAGCUCUGGCAAGACCCUGCAUUUAAAGCAUUGCCUUGUGAGAGAAAUGUGGGAAUGUGGGAAUGAGGCAGCCACUGGUUAUCUGGCAUAGUUGGGGCUUCCUUCACACAUCACCCCUCCAGGUGCACUCGUGGUGGUAUCGGGGCAGUUCUUUGCAGUGCCGCUAUUAAUACUUCUGUUGCCUGCUUAGGUUUGGGGGGGCUGAUGUGCCACUGAUGUGUCCUGCAAUUUCCUGCUGGAAUCCUGCAACUUUAAUACCAGAAAGAUUCUGUUUUAAUUUUUUUGUCGUCCCACUUGUGUUGUGUCAUAGCGCAAGAGCUCCCCUCCUGGCAGCAAUAGUGUGACAACGUUGCGGGGGGGGGAGCAUUGUGGCCCAACCAAGGAAGCAGAAUGAUGUGCAGAAUGAUUUAGUCUAGCAUAAACCCACCGCAAAUGUGUUAUUACUGCAUCAACGACAUCCUGCAGAACAGACCCACGAAACGACAACGACAAAAACCUCCACUCUGGAGGGGCCCUUGCUGGUAUCAUGCCUGUGACUCAAAGCAUUCCAGAUUCUUCAUGGGGGGGAGGAAGAACAAAUACCUCCAACCAAACCAAACCUGUUUGUGCAAGCAGGCAAACCUUUUAUUUCACUUGCAGAACUUGGUUAUCCUGACUGCAGUUCCCCAUCCAUCCCUCUCUUUAGCGCUGGCAACCGUUUUCUCGAAAAUGAAGUAGUGUUAACCAUUGCUUCCUCGUUCUACAACACCAAGGGAAGUGUUAUGUGUGUUGUCUGGGCAGUCUGCAUUAGCCCUCUGCCUGGCCUCUGUGGUCAAUUUCCGCAACUGGAUUUCAGCAGGUCUGGGAAAAGGGCUUUCCCUAGGAUGUUUCUCAAUUUAGGUUCCAAACUGAGAGGCAUAUACUGAAGGUCUUGGAUAUAUGCCCAAAUCUCUCUGCGUGAUGGGAUAUCUUGUGGUCCCAAGCACUGGGAACGCAGUUACUUCUUUGGAAUGGAAGUAACUGGAGGCUAGUGGUGCCUUUUAUUUAUGGUUUUAUGUCGAGUCCCUAAGACAGAUGGCAUCUUGAAUGCCUCCUUCUGGCAAGUCCUGCAGCCAGGCUGGUGCUCUGCUCUCCUUUGGACCACAUCAGCGAGGCCGAGAGGAGGGUCUUGUCAACCCCAUAAGCACUGCCCAGGCUUGUGCCCCAGAGAGGUCACUUUAGUGCUGCAAGCACAGCAUAAGAUGGAAGGGCUUAAAGCAUUAAUACUUCAGCACACCUAACUUCCCUGUUGGGUUUGUAGAGGGACCACCAAAUCGACAGCUUUGGAUUUGGGACAGCGGGCAAAAUCAGGCUCACUUUCCGUUUGCGGUUCCCAGUUACGCCACCAGUUGACAGCCCUGUUCUCUUGCCAAUGACAUCACCUCCAGCCUGGGGAGGGGAGAGUUCUGCCCCCUUCAUCUUAGGGGGCUGCCUUAUACAGUGGUACCUCGGGUUACAAACGCUUCGGGUUACAUGUUUUCAGGUUGCGGACCGUGGGAAACGCGGAAGUACCGGAAAGGGUUACUUCCGGGUUUUGCCGCUCGCGCAUGCACAGAAGCACUAAAUCGCGUCACGCAUGUGUGCAGACACAGCGUUGCAGGUUACGAACGCUGUGGGUUGCGGAUGUGCCUCCGUCACAGAUUACGUCCACAACCCGAGGUUCCACUGUAUUGAGUCAGACCAUUGGUCCAGCUAGCUCAGUUUUGGACAGGAGAUGCUCUCAAACCUCCUUGGAAUUUUUUUGGGGUUGAACUAUUGCAGGCUUCCUCAACCUCGGCCCUCCAGAUGUUUUUGGCCUACAACUCCCAUGAUCCCUAGCUAGCAGGACCAGUGGUCAGGGAUGAUGGGAAUUGUAGUCUCAAAACAUCUGGAGGGCUGAAGUUGAGGAAGCCUGAACUAUUGGUACCUGCUGCAUGCAAAAACCUCCCCUUCUAGAAGCUCUUUGGCUAUUUGGUUUCUAUGAAACAGUAUGGUCCAAGCUAAACAUAACAGAGUAGACACUCAAUAAACUUGGCUGGGGCCUUCGAGUCAAUAGAGAGACUGGUCUGAACACUUUUGCAGUGCCUUUUCCUAUUUGCAGAAAUCCAGCUUAGAGGGGACCCAAAAUCCCAUUUAAUCCAACUCCAAAUUUAUUACUGAAGGUAAAAGAGAUGCAAGAAAUGGAUUUCUCAGAAUUGGCUUUUCUCAGUGGAUUCCCCACCUCCACCCCUUUAAUUAUUUGAUUUCUUUAAUAUGGUUGAAGGAAAGAGUUGCUGAUUUGUUUCCCAGCUACUAGGGCUGGCGAUUAAUAAAAUGUGGAUUAAUAAAAAUUCACACUAAGCUGUGAGACUUUGGUUCAUUGAAAUGCUUUGCUGUGUUGAAAUUGCUUCACAUAAGAGAUUGGGUGACCAUUAAUAGCCUGCGAGUUUCUGGCUGUGGAAGGAACGGGGAUGCGUGGAAAUUGCUUGCCUUUCUGUGAGAGCAAAACAAAUACGAUCACAACUGGAAAUGGGCCCACGUUUGCAUACUGUACUCAAGGGCUGGGAAACUUUUGCAGCCUGGGGAGUCACAUUCUGUUUGGGGUAAAUUUCUGGCUAGUUUACACACACACACACACAC